AUGAGAAGCGCAAACAACAUUGUCCUGUUAUUAUUCUUGUUGAUGAUGAUGACAAUCUUUUCCACAACAACAACAGCAGCAACUACAAGUUCCACCACUAAAUUAUCAUAUAUUUCAACAAUUGCAGGAAGUGGAUUAAUGGCAGCAGCAGGUAUGGAAGGAGAUGGUGGUUUGGCUAUCAAUGCCCAAUUAAAUUCUCCCUCCUAUUCAAUAAGUAUUUCACCUCUCAACAAUAAUAAUUACACUGAAACACUUAUUGUCGAUACACAAAAUGGAAGAAUUAGAAAAAUAUUUAUGAAUGGUACAAUUUUCACAUUACCAAUUAAUAUGCAAACAGGUAACAAGUUUAAACCAACCAUGGCUGUUUUAUUUAGAAAUGAAUUAUACAUGACAGAUGUGUUAAAUCAUAGAAUUCUUUCCGUUUCUCUGUCAAGUUAUUUGGUGACCAUUGUUUCUGGAAAGCAAAACUGUAAUGAACAUUCUGAUUGUGAUGGUUUUAGUGGUGAUGGUGGUUUAGCUAGUAGAGCAAAAUUAAAUUCACCAAAUGGUCUCUCUAUUUCUCAGAAUGGUGAAAUUUACAUUGCUGACACAUUGAACCAUAGAAUCAGAAAGAUUAAUAGUUAUGGUGUAAUUUCAACUAUUGCUGGAACUGGUAGAGCAUCAUUUGGUGGUGACGGUGGAUUUGCUGUUCUUUCACCAUUGAACUCUCCAAAUGGUGUUCAUAUUUCUCAGAAUGGUGAAAUUUAUAUUGCUGAUACAUUGAACCAUAGAAUUAGAAAGAUAUUUGUUAACGGACUGAUUACAACAGUAGCAGGAACUGGUCGAGCAUCAUUUGGUGGUGAUGGUGGCUUGGCUAUAAACUCUCAAUUGAAUUCACCAUAUGGCGUCCAUGUUUCACAGAGUGGUGAAAUUUACAUUGCUGACACAUUGAAUCAUCGAAUUAGAAAGAUAUUUGUGAAUGGAACUAUUACAACCAUUGCUGGAAGUAGUAGCGAUGGAUCAUUUGGUGGUGAUGGUGGUUUGUCAAUUGCGAGUCGACUUAAUUCUCCUAAAGGUGUUUUUGUUUCUCCAAAUAAUAAUGAAAUAUUAAUUGCAGACACAUCCAAUAACAGGAUUAGAAAGAUCAUUGAAUGUGGCACAACUCUUCAAUUUACACAAGAUUUCAAUGGAGCUAUGAGUUGUGUGAAUACAUGCAAUGGAACACGAUCCAAUUCAAAAUCAGUUUGUAAUGGCAAUGGUAUCUGUAAUGGUUUUAAUGAAUGUAAAUGUAAUUCAACUUGGGGAGGUCAAUAUUGUCAAACACCAAUUUGUAAUGGUACACUUGCUACAAGUAAGAAGGUUUGUAAUGGUGUUGGAAAUUGUACUAGUCCAGAAACUUGUGUUUGCAAUUACGGUUGGAUUGGAUCUUAUUGUUCAAUAGCUGUUUCAACAAAUGUCACAUCCUACAAUUAUCAAGUUGCAAAUCAAUUGGGUGAUUUAAAUUCGAAGAAUAUUUAUGUUUCUUAUAGUUAUUCGAAUACUAAUAUGGGUAUUCAAAUUUCACUUCCUUCCACAUUGAGUAGUGAUUUGAUUUCAACAAGUGGAUUGAACAGUGAUAGCUCAUUAAUUCUAUUUUCAUCAAUUUAUAUUGAUAAGAUAACACCUAAAGUUAAAAGUGCUAUAGUUUCUGUUUCUUUACUGAGUGAUAGUGGUAAAGAAGUUAUUGUAAAACAAUUGAACAAGCCAAUCACUUUGAUCAUUCCAUUACACUCACAAAACAUAACCAAAUCAUCCAAUUUAACAUGUAUGUAUUUGGAUAGGAUUGAAAAUACAUGGAAAUCUGAUGGUGUAAGAACUAAAAUGGUGAAUUCUAGUACUGUUAUUUGUGAAACAUCCCAUUUAACAUCAUUUGCUCUGAUUGAUACUAAUGAUCCUUGUAUUUGUCAGGGAUAUGCUGGAGUGUGUUGUGAGCUUUCUAUUUGUAACAAUACACUUUCAAAUAGUUCAAGUGUUUGUAAUGGUGUUGGUAAUUGCACUAGCCCAGAAACUUGUGAUUGUGAAUCAGGAUUUACAGGUCAAUAUUGUGAAAUUCCAAUUUGUUUUUCAAUAUUGGGAAAUGAUUCAAUGGUUUGUAAUAAUCAAAACGGAACAUGUGUUGCAAACGAUACAUGUGUAUGUAAUGAUGGCUAUUCAGGAUAUCAAUGUGAAAUUCCAACUUGCUUUAACAUUUCAGGAAAUGAAACUACUGUUUGCAAUUCUCAUGGAUUGUGCAUUUCAAGUGAUAAUUGUGUUUGUACAAGUGGAUACUUUGGAACUUAUUGUAAUAUGACAACUUGUAAUUCAAUUGAAAGUACAAAUUCUACAGUUUGUACUUCUCAUGGAAUAUGUACUUCACUGGACACUUGCGAUUGUCAAUCAGGGUAUUAUGGUCCAUUUUGUCAAUUUCCUCUCUGUAAUGUAACCCUAGAGGAUGCAAACUCAACAGUAUGUAGUGGUAAUGGUAUUUGUAUUAGUCCAGAUGUUUGUGAAUGUAAUUCAACUUGGAGUGGAGAAUUUUGUGAAAUUCCAAUAUGUAAUGAUACUCUUGCUAAUGAUACAUCUGUUUGUGCAGGACAUGGUAAAUGUAUUAGUCCAAAUAUUUGUGAAUGUAACUCGAAUUGGACUGGUCAAUUUUGUGAAAUUCCAGUAUGUAAUGGAACAAAUGCAACUGAUCCUUUUGUUUGUAAUGGUAAUGGAGAAUGUAUUCAGCCAGAUGAAUGUUUUUGUAAUUCAAAUUGGACAGGUCCUUAUUGUGAAAUUCCAAUCUGUGGAGGUAUUAAAGCUACCAAUGAUAGCAAUGCGACAUUAGCCACCAAUGAAACAGUGGCGUGUAGUGGAAAUGGUCUUUGCAUUCGCCCAGAUGAAUGUUUAUGUAAUUCCAAUUGGACUGGGCAAUUUUGUGAAAUUCCAAUUUGUAAUGGAACAGAAGCCACUAACGAAUCUGUAUGUAGCGGUAACGGUGCAUGUGUUGGUCCAAAUCUUUGUCAGUGUAAUUCGACAUAUAGUGGAGAAUUUUGUGAAAUUCCAAUUUGUAAUGGAACUUUAGCUAACAACUAUUCUGUUUGUAAUGGUAAUGGCGAAUGUGUUCAACCAGAUGAAUGCAUUUGUAAUACAAAUUGGACUGGUAAAUUGUGUGAAACACCACUUUGUAAUGGUACAGCUGGUACAGAUUUAUCAGUUUGUAGUGGUAAUGGUGAAUGUAUUAAUCCAAAUAUUUGUAACUGCAAUUCAACAUGGGGAGGUGAUUUAUGUGAAAUUCCAAAAUGCAACUCUACACUCGCAACUGAUCCUUUUGUUUGUAACAACAAUGGAGCAUGUAUUCAACCUGACGAAUGUCUUUGCAAUUACAAUUGGACAGGUCAAUUUUGUGAAAUUCCAAUAUGUAAUGGUACUGAAGCCACCAACGAAACUGUAUGUAAUGGCAAUGGAAUAUGUAUUCAACCAGAUGAAUGUGUUUGUACAUCAGAAUGGGGUGGACAAUUUUGUCAAGUCCCAGUUUGUAAUGGAACGUUAGCUACCAAUGACACAGUGUGCAACAGCAACGGUAUUUGUAUUAAUCCAGAUGAAUGUUUUUGCAAUUCCAAUUGGACAGGCCAAUUUUGUGAAAUUCCAAUUUGUAAUGGAACAAUGGCAACUGAUACUUUGGUUUGUAAUGGCAAUGGUACAUGUAUUCAACCAGAUAUAUGUAAUUGUACUUCAGAAUGGGGUGGACAGUAUUGUGAAAUUCCAUUUUGUAAUGGAAUAUUGGCAAAUAAUAUAUCUGUUUGUGAAGGACAUGGUAACUGUAUUAGCCCAAAUAUUUGUGAGUGUAAUUCGACAUAUGGUGGAGAAUUUUGUGAAUCUCCAAAAUGUAACUCUACACUGGCAACUGAUCCUUAUGUAUGUAAUGGAAAUGGUGAAUGUAUUCAACCAGAUGAAUGUAUUUGUAAUACCAAUUGGACUGGUCAAUUCUGUCAAACUCCACUUUGUAAUGGAACAGCUGGUACAGAUUUAUCAGUUUGUAGUGGUAAUGGUAUUUGUGUCAGUCCAGACACCUGUGAAUGUAAUUCAACAUGGGGAGGUUAUUUGUGUGAAAUUCCAAUCUGUAAUGGAACUUUAGCCACAAAUGAAUCAGUUUGUAACACUAAUGGUAUAUGUAUUAAUCCAGACCAAUGUUUAUGUAAUAGUAAUUGGACUGGUCAAUUCUGUCAAACUCCACUUUGCAAUGGUACGAGUGCAACUGAUGUUUUGGUUUGUAGUGGAAACGGUCAAUGUGUGAGUCCAAAUAUUUGUGAAUGUAAUUCAAGUUGGUCAGGAGAACUUUGUGAAAUUCCAAUUUGUAAUGGAACUUUGGCCAUUUAUGAAUUUGUGUGUAGUGGUAAUGGUGCAUGUGUUGGUCCAGAUGUUUGUGAGUGCAAUUCUACAUGGGGUGGACAAUAUUGUGAAUCUCCAAAAUGCAACUCUACACUGGCAACUGAUCCUUAUGUAUGCAAUGGUAAUGGAGAAUGUUUUCAACCCAAUGAAUGUAUUUGUAAUUCAAAUUGGACAGGUCCAUUUUGUGAAAUUCCAAUAUGUAAUGGUAUUAAGGCUACCAAUGAUAGUAAUUCAACUUUAACCACCAAUGAAACAGUGGUGUGUAGUGGAAAUGGUCUUUGCAUUCGUCCAGACGAAUGUUUAUGUAAUUCAAAUUGGGCAGGUCAAUAUUGUGAAAUUCCAAUAUGUGGAGAUGUUUUGGCAACCAAUGAAACAGCAUGUAAUGGCAAUGGUAAAUGUGUUCAACCAAAUGAAUGCAUUUGCGACUCAAAUUGGACAGAUCAAUUAUGUGAAACUCCAAUAUGUAGUGGUAUAAUUUCCACUAAUAUAUCUGUUUGUAGUAGAAAGGGUGAUUGUAUUGGUGCCAAUCUUUGUAUCUGUUUAACUGGUUGGGGAGGUGAAGAUUGUUCCACACCAAUUUGUAAUAAUAUUCUAUCUACCAAUGCUACUACCAAUACUGAUAGUAAUGGAACUAUAGUUAGCAAUAAUACAUUGGUGUGUAGUGGACAUGGUGAAUGUACUAGUCCAAAUCAAUGCAAUUGUAAUUUAAAUUGGGGUGGUAAACAAUGUGAAAUACCUAAAUGUCAAGGUAUAUUGGCUAACAAUGAGGCAGUUUGCAACUCUAGAGGAAAAUGUGUCAAUGAAAAUCAAUGUCAAUGUAAUGAAAUGUGGGGAGGUCAAUUUUGUGAAAUUCCAUUUUGUAAUGGAACUUUAGCAACUGAUUCAAAUGUGUGUAAUUCAUUGGGAGUAUGUGUUGGUCCAAAUCAAUGUAAAUGUCUCUCAGGUUGGGGUGGUAAACUAUGUACAAUACCAUCAUGUAAUGGAAUUCUUGCAUUUGAUGAGAAUGAAGUGUGUAUCGCAAAGAGUAAUGCAUGUAGUGGAAAUGGAAAGUGUAUUGAUCUUAAUCGAUGCAAAUGUGAGAAAGGUUGGACUGGACCAUUAUGUUCAACACCAACAUGUAAUGGAACAUCGGCCACUGAACUAACUGUUUGUAAUGGUUUUGGAGUGUGUGUUGCACCAGAUAAGUGUAAUUGUUAUAGAGAUUGGGGAGGUGAAUUCUGUACCGUUCCAACAUGUAAUGGAACUUUGGCCACAGAUCCAACAGUAUGUAACUCGAGGGGUAUUUGUAUUGAGAAUGAUGAAUGUAGUUGCAAUUCAUGGGGUGGAAAAUUAUGUGCAACACCAACAUGUAAUGGAAUUGUUGCCACAGAUCCAAACGUGUGCAAUUCAAGUGGUGUUUGUGUCGAUUUUGAUAAGUGUGAAUGUUUUUCUGGUUAUGGAGAUGCAUUCUGUGGCACUUUAAGUUGUAAUAGCAUUUUAUCCACUCACAUUAAUGUAGAAGGAGCUGUGUGUAGUGGUCGUGGAUUGUGUUUGGGACCAAAUAAGUGUAUCUGUCAACCGAAUUGGGGUGGUUUCAUGUGUGGCUUUCCAAAAUGUUUCGAUAUUUCAGGAGACAAGAAAGAAGUAUGUUCUGGACAUGGUGAUUGUAUAGCAGUUGAUACAUGUAAAUGUUAUCAGGGUUAUAUGGAUUAUGAUUGUAGUAGUGUUGUUCCUGACAAGAAUUGUGGUGACUCACGUAGAGGUGCCUCUUUUUGGGAUGUUCUUGUGGAAGGUUGGGAUUUAAUUGGUGAUAUGGCAUCUGGUGCAGCAUCUAUAGGUAGUUCAAUUGGUAAUGUUAUUGAAUCCUUAGGAACUGGUUUUAUUGACCUUUUUGGAGGAGUUAUUCCAAACAUUGCAGAUAUUUUCAGCUCCAUUCCAAAAUUAAUGGAGAAAAUUCUGAACUUUUUGAUUAGCAAUGCAGAGAAGUUUAUUAACUUUAUUCUCAAUUUGUGGACAACAUUUGUUGAAUUUAUAGAAUGGGCAGUGAUUUAUUUUCCAAAAAUAUUUUCUGGAAUUACGCUUCAACAAGUGGUAACAGUUUUAGUAAUCAUUGGUGUUGCACUACUUUUGAUCAUUAUUAUAGUAUUGUUAUCUUUCCUUAGUCCAUAUAUUACAAUUGCACUUCAAUUUGUCAAAGGUGUUUCGAGUGCAUUAGCAAGUAGUGAAAAAGCUCUUAAGGAGUACAACAUGUAG